AUGGACGAGCCUUUAUGGAUGGAAUGUGUGCCUAUUCUUUGCCUAGAUAUUGUUGAGGUGCACGUGCCUGAUAGAGUGAUGCGUCAGUUACCUGUGAUUCCUAGUUGGGGAACCAACCACCACGUGCAUGAUCGGCAUAAGAGGCUUGGAUCAGAGGUUCUUGAAAUGUUGGAUAAAUAUUUUCCUGAUUGGGGUAAUCGACAUCAGAGUUUAGCGGUUGAGGUAGACGAUGGUACUAGCGAGGCAGAGUAUAGAUUAUGGUACAUGCGGUAUGGAAGGUUGCUUAUAGUGACAGAGAGACACAACCUCAGCUUCACAUAUGGUGAAGAGUAUAUCAGAAAUGGACUAUCAGGCCAAUACUUUUUACCGCCAAGUGGAUUGAAUUGUCCAGAGUAGGCUCUUUUUGUAACUAUGCACACUUAAUUCUGGUGCCAUAUGCUCCCAUGCUUGAUACCCAAUUUUGGUCAAAUUCCUUUAUUGCAUGAGAACAUGAAAUGUGGUACGAUUGUCAUUUAUUACAUUGACAUUUUCCUUGUGAUGCAUUUACAAUGUGCUUAUUACCACCACGACCAUGAUGCAUAUGUGUCUGCACCUCAAAUAUAUUUUCCCUCUUUGGUGAUAGUUGAGAAGUGUGUGACGUAACUUUUUUCGAUUAUCCUCAAAAAUCUUGAAUGGUUUAGGCAUCUGUUGUUGCUUUUUCUGUACUAGCUGAUUGACAAAUUUUGAUCUUGUAACAAAUCGAUUCACAAUUUGUUUGUAAGUGAGUCUUAGCAUUGCAGUUACUGGCAGACCCCUUGCUGACUUAAGAAGAUCACUGAAUGACUCGGAACUGUUUGUUGUCAGCAUGCCCAUCUCCUACCUCCAUCCCGGUGCGAUGUCCAUUUAUCAAGAUCGUUCUUCAUUAACCACACAUACACUUCCGCAUUAAUCUCCUUGAUGAUCUCCAUUUUUUUCAAAAACAUUUUCUCUAGCAGUGAUUUGCAGCUGCCCAUAAAUGGUUGUUCAAAGUGACAUCUUUUAAUUUGUUUUUUUGAAAAUUGGCCUUCAAAUGUCUUAAACAAAAACGACGGAAUCCAAAUGGGGCCUGCCAAUUUGGAGAAUUUUACACGAAUAAGAGUAUUUCAUGAUGCCUAUAUGAUAUCAAUGUGACCCUUCUACGAACCUUGACAAUGUGCAAGUGCAAAUAAUCCAAAAAUAAAGUCCAUGUCUUCAUGCUCUCAUUUGCAACUAUUGCAAAUGCCAAAGGUAAUAUUGAGCCAUUACCAUCUGUUGCAAUCGCAAUCAACAACUUGAUACCAUAUUUUCCAUAGACAUGUGUUCCGUUGAUUGAUAUAACAUGACUACAAAAUACAAACCUAUUAAUGUAUGGUUUAAAAGCCAAAACACAUAGUUGAAUACAUCUUCAAUGACAUC